CGUUGACUAAUAGUGCCCAGUUAUUCUCUAGGCCGGGUUGGUUAAAUGGUGGCUGUCUUGAGGGCCGCUGUCUGUAUGACAUUGUGCCUGUGUGUGGCAGGGUAGCUUGCAACCUCAUUCAUUUUGACAGGUGCCUGUAUUGCUGAACCAUGGAAGCCCUGAUCCCUGUUAUAAACAAACUUCAAGACGUCUUCAACACAGUGGGAGCAGAUAUAAUACAGUUGCCGCAGAUUGCAGUAGUUGGAACACAGAGCAGCGGAAAGAGUUCAGUGUUGGAGAGCCUGGUUGGCCGGGACCUGUUGCCGCGGGGGACGGGCAUUGUGACACGACGUCCUCUGAUCCUGCAGCUGGUACACGUGGACUCCGAUGACCGCAGGAAGACCAGCGAAGAGAACGACCCCGGCACAUGGACCAAUUACAAAGGAGUAGAUGGAGAAGAAUGGGGAAAAUUUCUGCACACAAAAAACAAGAUCUACACAGAUUUUGACGAAAUCAGGCAAGAAAUCGAACAAGAAACCGAAAGGAUUUCUGGCAAUAACAAGGGUAUCAGCGACGAGCCAAUUCACCUGAAGAUCUUCUCCCCUCAUGUGGUGAACCUGACGCUGGUGGACCUGCCCGGCAUCACAAAGGUGCCGGUGGGGGAUCAGCCCAAAGACAUCGAGAUCCAGAUCAGAGAGCUCAUCCUCAAGCACAUCAGCAACCCCAACUGCAUCAUCCUGGCCGUCACGGCCGCCAACACCGACAUGGCCACCUCCGAGGCACUCAAAGUGGCCCGAGAGGUGGACCCCGAUGGAAGGAGAACUUUAGCCGUGGUGACCAAGCUGGACCUGAUGGAUGCGGGUACAGACGCCAUGGACGUGCUGAUGGGCCGAGUGAUCCCGGUGAAACUGGGCCUGAUUGGGGUCGUCAACAGGAGUCAGUUGGACAUCAACAAUAAGAAGAGUGUGGCCGACGCUAUUCGAGACGAACACGCCUUCCUGCAGAAGAAAUACCCCUCUCUCGCCAACAGAAACGGAACAAAGUACCUAGCCAGGACGUUGAACAGGCUGCUGAUGCACCACAUCCGGGACUGCCUCCCGGAGCUGAAGACGCGCAUCAACGUGCUGGCCGCGCAGUACCAGUCCCUGCUCAGCAGCUACGGCGAGCCCGUGGAGGACAAGAGCGCCACCUUGCUGCAGCUCAUCACCAAGUUCGCCGCAGAGUACUGCAACACCAUCGAGGGGACCGCCAAGUACAUCGAGACGGCCGAGCUAUGUGGUGGGGCCAGAAUCUGUUACAUAUUCCACGAGACGUUUGGCCGGACACUGGAGUCGGUGGAUCCUCUGGGAGGACUCACCACCAUAGACGUUCUGACGGCGAUCCGGAAUGCCACGGGCCCCCGUCCCGCCCUGUUCGUGCCCGAGGUGUCCUUCGAGCUGCUGGUGAAGAGGCAGGUGAAGCGUCUGGAGGAGCCCAGCUUGCGCUGUGUGGAGCUGGUGCACGAGGAGAUGCAGCGAAUCAUCCAGCACUGCAGCAACUACAGCACACAGGAGCUGCUGAGGUUCCCAAAGCUCCAUGAUGCCAUAGUGGAGGUAGUGACGUCACUCCUGAGGAAAAGGCUGCCGGUGACCAAUGAGAUGGUUCAUAACCUGGUGGCGAUCGAGCUGGCGUACAUCAACACCAAACACCCCGACUUCGCCGACGCCUGUGGCGUCAUGAACAACAAUAUAGAGGAGCAGAGGAGGAACCGGAUGAGAGAACUGCCCUCAGCUGUGCCACGUGACAAGUCCUUAAAGGGCCCGAGUGGCCCCCCUGUCUCUGCUGGCGAGGCCCCAGCCCCCAGUGAAGCGGAGGGGGCCAAGGGUGCAGGGGGAGGCCUGCAGGGGGAGCAGGACUCCAGCUCUGGGUCCUGGAGGGGGAAGUUGAAGAAGGGGGAGGACGGGGCGAUGGCGGACGAGCAGAAUGGCAGACCCCCCCAGGCCCCCUUCCCGGCCAGUCCACUGAAGGGGCAUGCAGUCAACCUGCUGGACGUGCCUGUUCCGGUUGCCAGGAAGCUGUCUGCUCGGGAGCAGAGGGAUUGUGAGGUCAUAGAGAGGCUCAUCAAGUCCUACUUCCUCAUCGUCCGAAAAAACAUCCAGGACAGCGUGCCCAAGGCGGUGAUGCACUUCCUGGUGAACCACGUGAAGGACAGCCUGCAGAGUGAGCUGGUGGGGCAGCUGUACAAGGCAGGCCUGCUGGACGACCUGCUGACUGAGUCUGAGGACAUGGCCCAGAGACGCAGCGAGGCCGCGGACAUGCUGAAGGCCCUGCAGAAAGCCAGCCAGGUCAUUGCUGAGAUCCGAGAGACUCACCUGUGGUGAAGGACCCCCCCAAGAUAAAAACGGAAACAAAGCUCUAUGUACAGAGUCUGUGUACAGAGUCUAUGGACAGCCAACUUAAAAACGCACUGUUGUAAACUGUUAUGUGUGAAACAUUAUUUUAUGUACUGUACAGACACGAAACAAAGGCCAUAGUAUAUCGCACUUCGCCCACGUUCACCCCCCUUCCCGCGUGUCCGUGCCCGCUAAGAGGAAUGUGUGUGCCCAUAAUGUAAGACCUGCUGUACUGCAUCUUACCAGGGAAUGUGUGCUGCAAAUGUACCUUAAAUUAAAAAUCAAAAUACAAAACUC